UAAACGCCUACAAACCGGCCAAGAUGCAGUGCAUCCAAACUGGAGAGGCCGUGGUCUACCACAUGGCGGGAUUGAUCAAGCGCAUUCAAAAGGGUCGCCUCAGCAUGGACACCCACGAUGCGGAUGCCAACUGCGAUGGUCCCGAUCUGGAUUUCGUGUACUCCGAUGUGGAUGGCUACCAAAACGAGAUUGCCGAGCUCUACAGCUACACGGAAUUCAGUGAGUUCCAGAUGAAUGUGAAGGCAUUCGAGGAUCAAAUGGAACUCUACGAUCUGCCGCCCAAUUGGCAGAAACAGGACUCGGCUGCCCAGCGGGGUAUUGUGAUGAAACUGGUGGACCAACUGGAGGUCUCCGAUCGUUCCUUUCGCAUGCAGGCCGCCCGCUGCAUCCUCUAUUUGGCCCAAGGAUGCUGGGCGGAGGUGCAAUCGGAUGAGGAGCAGCACCAAAUCACCAGGGACAAUGUGUUGGUGCUCCAUCAACUUGGCGUAUUCGCCUCCUUCAUUGACCUGCUCAACAUGGAGAUCGAGAGUGCCUGUUCCCCCGAUAUUGUGGCCGUGAAGAUCACCAAUGUCACGCUAGUCGACUCCACGGACAUCAGGGUCAUCCUCUCCGUGCUCUACAUCAUCACAGAAACCAUACGGGAUGAGCGAGAUCGCGGGAGCGAGGAUUACAAAGAACUGGCCGAAUCCUUUGCCCAGGAGAUCAAUUCCCCAUUGCCAGAUGGCGAAUUGCUGGCUGUCAAGCUGCUCGGCAUGAUCACAAGGUUCUGCAGUGGCGCAGCACCACAGUUUCCCAUGAAGAAAGUGGUUCUGCUGCUGUGGAAGGUUUCACUUUUGGGUCUGGGCGGCAUGGAUGUGCUCAAGAAUCUCAAGAACGAGUACCGGCUGAAGGUGGGUCUGGAACCCAUCACCGAGGAUACCCUGGAGGUCACCAAAUGCAUGAGGGCCAGUUCACCACCCGCUACGGCCACUGAUAUUCUAGAAAACCAAUAUCCCAAAAGGAAUUUCAAACGCUCCCUGAUGAAGCAGCGCUUCCUGGACGAACCGGAGCAGAUUGACAUGGAGAUGAGUGGGAACGAGGGUCAGGGCAACAACGCCAACAAUGGCAGUGGCAAUGGCGGGAACGGAGAGGAGGAGCUCUCGCAGUACUAUAGGCCAUAUGAUGAUCCCUCCUCGUCGGCCUCCACCACGUCCACGGCCAAUCCCAAUAACCAGCCCAGUCUGACGCAGCCUCCCGCUGCUGUGCCGCCAGUGCAGAUCACGGCCCGCCUGCCCUGGACGCCCAAGGUGCGGCAGAAGGACAUAGAUCAGUUCUUGGAUAUUUCACGAAACAAGUUCAUUGGAUACUCACUGAUUGGCGACCAUGAAAGUCUGGCCGGACUGCCGCAACCCAUUCACGAGGGCUUCAAGACGCUGCAGCGACACAUGUACAUGAGUCUGGCCGAUGUGCAGAUCAAGAAGGAGGAGGAUAUUGCAAGGAAUCCCAUCUCCACGCACGAGGAUGAGAUCAAGCUGACCCCAGCGGAAGUGCUCUACCAGGCAAUAUUGCCCAACCUGCCGCAGUAUAUGAUUGCCUUGUUGAAAGUCCUACUCGCAGCCUCACCCACUUCCAAAUCCAAGACGGAAAGCAUCAACAUAAUGGCCGAUGUGCUGCCCAAGAAGCUGCCGCAGACGGCCACGCAAUCCACCAAGCUAACAGUCGACAUGGGUCGGCACAAGGAGAUCAUUGUGAAGGCUGUUUCAGCCAUCAUUCUGUUAUAUCUAAAGCACUUUAAGAUUAACCAUGUCUACCAGUUCGAGUUCAUGUCCCAGCACUUGGUGUUUGCCAACUGCAUACCGCUGGUGUUGAAGUUCUUCAACCAGACAAUCACGGAGUAUGUGAACACCAAGAAUUCCAUACCCCUGCUGGAUUUUCCCUCUUGUGUGAUUGGCGAACAGCCGGAUUUGAGUGGAGAUAGCUUUGUGUACGGCGGUGAGAUGUCCGAUAAGCCCUACUCCUGGCGGAAUGUGUUCUCGUGCAUUAAUUUGCUGCGCAUCCUCAACAAACUGAUCAAAUGGAAGCAUUCGCGAGUGAUGAUGCUGGUGGUCUUCAAGUCGGCACCGAUUCUGAAGAAGACCUUAAAGGUGCGUCAUGCCAUGAUGCAGCUGUAUGUUUUGAAGUUGCUUAAGAUGCAGACCAAGUACUUGGGCCGCCAGUGGCGCAAGUCGAACAUGAAGACCAUGAGUGCAAUUUAUUCCAAGGUUAGGCAUCGCCUGAACGACGACUGGGCCUUUGGCAAUGAUCUGGAGUCGCGGCCGUGGGAUUUCCAGGCGGAGGAGUGCACGCUGCGUGCCUGCGUGGAUCGAUUCAACUUGCGGCGCUAUCCGGAGGCCACCCAGAAGUGCGGUAACAAUGGCACGGCGGCCCAGAAUGCGGAGAAUGCCCAGCAAUCGAACAUGAUGGCCGGCAACAAUGGAUGUGGUGGCAAUAAUGGCGAGGCCAAUGGCUAUGGCAACAACGGAGGCGGCGGCGGUGGCAAUGGCGGUCAUAAUCAGCAGCAGCAGCUCAACGAUUAUGGCGUCGAGGGUGGCUUUCCCAGCGACGAGAUCCUCACGCACUCCGACUUUGCCUUCUUCGGCCAUUCGGGCUGGUGGGAUCGCAAGGUGGAGCUGACGGACUACUUCAAGGCCAACUAUGCGGUGUGGCUGGAGGAGGAGGUCUACAACAGUCAGACCGACUGGGAUGCCCUCUAGGAAAGAGCAGCCAUGGCUGCAGCCUCCUGAGGAUCAACCAUAAGCAUCAUAUAAGCAAAAAGUUAUUACCUUAAUUGUAAGCAUAAAGAAGUACAUUGAUAUAAUCCAUGUAGCCCGACCACCACGAUUGGAACACCAACUACUCACUGAAUUGGCAAUAAUUUGGCAAGCCACUUCGUCGCUCCACUUCACUAACUAGAAUACGCGAAAAUUAUACCCCUUAAAGCGAUGACAAGCCGCCUGUAUAUUUAGCGAUUACUAACUAUAUUUUAUGAUUUAUAUAUAUUUAUAAUUUGUCCUGUUCCAUGAGCUCCUUAAUCCGGAUUGCGGCGAAAAAUAAACAAAUUAACUAGUUCGAAAAA